AUGAACUCUCUGACGCCCCAAGAAAUACUGCAGGUCAUGUCAGACAUGGGCUUCGACCUCACUCCACAUCCCAAACUCCCGAACAGCGUCCUCGACAAACGGCUACGAGACGCACUCAAUGCGUCGCAGAACCGGGAUGGCUUCCCCGUAAGCUUGGACCCUCGUAAUCUACCAAAGUGGCCUAUGGAAACAGGUUUGGAUGGCCGGCCUCUCCCGAAUGGUCGAUCGGUGUUCGACGCGGUCAUUCGCGUCAACUACGAGGAGCUCAGCGAGAUUCACCGGGCAGAACGCGAAGGACGCGAGUACGAGGCGCUUCCUCACCAUGUGAACGCGUUAUGGGAUCUGCGUCAAGUGGUGAUGUAUCUGGGCCGCGCGCUGGACAAGGGCACGGAUUGGUUGCCUCCUAGAGGAUCCUGA